UCAUUGCUUUUUCCGUUUUUCCCACACAUCAUGAAUGCAGCAGUAGCCCGGCACUGGGGACAGGACAACAUGGCUGCUGCUGCGGGCAGAUACUACGGAGAAGGAGGCAGAGCAACGAAAAGACAGAAAACUGAGGACGGAGGAAUGACAACGGAGAGCUACGAUGACCCUCAUAAACCGCUACCCUCCCCGGUGGUGCACAUCAGGGGCUUGGUGGACGGUAUCAUGGAGGCUGACCUGGUGGAGGCCCUGCAGGAGUUUGGGGCCAUCAGUUAUGUGGUUAUGAUGCCCAAGAAGCGCCAGGCCCUGGUGGAGUAUGAGGACAUGAAUGGCUCCUGCAAUGCUGUUACAUAUGCAGCAGAGAACCAGGUUUACAUUGCAGGCCACCCUGCCUUCAUCAAUUACUCCACUAGCCAAAAGAUCUCCCGGCCAGGAGACUCCGACGACACCCGGAGCGUCAACAAUGUGCUGCUGCUCACGAUCAUAAACCCCAUCUAUCCUAUCACCACGGAUGUGCUCUACACCAUUUGUAACAACUGUGGUCCUGUACAGAGGAUCGUCAUCUUCAGAAAGAAUGGUGUUCAGGCCAUGGUUGAGUUUGAUUCAGUCCAAAGUGCCCAGAGGGCCAAAGCCUCUCUGAAUGGGGCAGACAUCUAUUCUGGCUGCUGCACUCUAAAGAUUGAAUAUGCCAAGCCAGCACGCCUUAAUGUCUUCAAGAACGACCAGGACACGUGGGACUAUACAAACCCCAACCUCAGUGGCCAAGAUGCUGAUGGUGAAGGCAAUUGGAACAAUUCACAAGAUCCGAAUGCCAAUCCCAACAAACGCCAGAGACAGCCUGCUCUUUUAGGAGACCACCCACCUGAUUAUGGUGGCCCUCAAGGAGGUUAUCAUAGCUACAAUGAUGACAGCUACGGCCCCCCUCCUCCCCACCGUAUGGGGCCAGGUAUGGGUGGGCGUGGUCGCGGUAGCCAGCGCUAUGGCCCUGGAUACGGACCACCACCCCCUGAGUACGGUCCUCACGCUGACUCCCCGGUUCUUAUGGUAUAUGGCCUUGAGCCCUCUAAGAUCAACGCUGACAAAGUCUUCAACAUUUUCUGCCUCUAUGGCAAUGUAGAGAGGAUUAAGUUCAUGAAGAGUAAGCCUGGAGCAGCAAUGGUGGAGAUGGGAGACUGUUACUCUGUGGACAGGGCCAUCACUCACCUCAACAACAAUUUCCUUUUCGGACAGAAACUCAAUGUUUGUGUGUCCAAGCAGCAGGCUAUUGUGCCAGGACAGUGCUACCAGUUGGAGGACAACAGCAGCAGUUUCAAAGAUUUCCACGGAUCCCGCAACAACCGCUUCACCUCCCCAGAGCAGGCGGCCAAGAACCGAAUCCAGCACCCGAGCAACGUCCUACACUUCUUUAACGCACAGCCCGACAUCUCUGUAGAGAUCUUCAACCAGGUCUGCGAUGAACUGGGAAUUAAGAGCCCCGCAAGUGUGAAACUUUUCACCGGAAAGAGUGAGCGAAGUUCAUCUGGUCUUCUAGAGUGGGAAUCCAUCAAUGAUGCCAUGGAAGCCCUAGCUAUGAUGAACCAUUACCAGAUGAAAAACCCUAGUGGGCCUUACCCUUACACACUGAAGCUGUGUUUCUCAACCACACACCAUGCCAACUAAAUACUCUCCCCUCCAACUAUUUUUAAUGUUUUGUGUCUUUCCAGAGUAUUCUGUAGUUCUGUUGUCACGUCCCAUUAAAACAUUCAAUCAGUAUUGACAAAAACUAGGAUUGAUGUGGUUUAGUACAUGUUACUUGAAUUAUGAUUUUGUAUGAUUUAUUUUACUUUUACCAUGAUUUUCAAUCAGUUGUUUAUUUUGUUCGUUCACAACACUAGAUUUGAAUAACAGCCCAAUACCCUGAAGUAACAUUUCAAUGUGGACCUCAGUUGUUGGUUUUUAAAUAAAGUGAACAGCAAUCAUAAUGUGAAUACUGAUAUAAGUGUUCACAUCUUCAGAGA